UUCUUCUCCAAUUCUUCUACAUCUUACUCCACUUCCCUUCCACCAUGUUACUCUGCAGACUUUAAACCUCCAAUCCUUCCCUGUUAAUCAUUCUUCGUUUCUAACAUUUCUUCUUGAGCGAUUGGAUCUGAGUCUUUCUUUUAUCAUCAAUCCCAUCAAUCCGGAAGAGAAGCACCAAUUCUUUGUUCUUACUCGGAUUCUUGGUUUCACUGAUCGGAAAAAGUUGGGUUUUAUUGCUCAGUUCAUUAUACUCGGUGUAUUUUUAGGGUUCUUGGUUUGGUUAUAAGAGAGAAAACUGCUCUGCCAAUGCAAUUAUCGAUUGUUUUGGUUAAUUUUUCGGUGAGUUUUGAAGAACCGAAAAUUUUCAAGUCUUUUAAGCUAAGAAGAAGAAGAAGAAGCAAUGUCUUGGGCUGGCCCAGAAGAUGUUUACCUCUCUACCUCUCUUGCCAGCUAUCUUGACAAGAAACUUCUUGUGCUGCUCCGAGAUGGUCGGAAGCUUUUAGGAAUACUUCGAUCUUUUGAUCAAUUUGCCAAUGCUGUUCUGGAGGGUGCGUGUGAGAGGGUCAUUGUUGGUGAACUUUAUUGUGACCUCCCUUUGGGACUUUAUAUAAUCCGUGGGGAGAAUGUCGUUCUAAUUGGUGAACUGGACUCGGAGAGGGAGGAACUUCCACCGCAUAUGACACGUGUUUCACCUGCAGAAAUUAAAAGGGCACAGAAAGCAGAAAGAGAAGCUUCUGAGCUCAAAGGCACCAUGAGAAAAAGAAUGGAGUUUCUUGACAUGGACUGAAUGAAUCUACGCGGUACCCAAGUCCAUGGAGUUUAUUGACUUGUCCAUCCGCAAAUAUUAUAGCGGUUGUGUUUUGCUCUCAUCUUCCCCACAUGGCUGUCUAGUGUUGUUAGAUGGUAGAUGUUUAAAUCUUUGAAACUUAGAACUUUCACGAACAAAUGUUCUAGUUCUGUGUAUUAUUUGUCCGAAUGAAAUAUAAGUAUCCAACUCUUUCUUUGCU